AUGCAGUUCAAGAUUUCCGCCGCUGCCUUCCUGGCCUUCGCUGCCUCCGCCCUGGCUCAGAACCCCAACUUCGACCCCGUCAACAAGCCCACCCCCAACCAGAAGGUCGACGCCGGCAGCACUCUCUCCAUCGAGUGGGUUGCCCCUGAUGCCUUCAAGGACGUUACCGUCUCCAUCAGCCUGAUCGGUGGCGCUACCCAGAACACCCAGGUUCCCCUCCAGGACAUUGUUUCCGGCAUCCCCAACAGUGCUGAGAAGUACAGCUGGACCAUCCCUUCUACCCUCGGCAAGGACGCUUUCUACGGCCUCGUCAUCAAGUCUGAGGUCAACCCCACCGUCGACUUCCAGUACUCCAACCCCUUCCACAUCGUUGCUGGCGAGGGCAGCAGCUCCGCUACCACCUCCGUGGUCAUCUCCUCCAGCACUGCUACCCUCACCCUGUCCGCCAACGACGCCUCGGUCACUCCUAGCAGCUCUGCUUCCGCCUCGGCCUCUGACUCUGAGAGCGUCAUCGUCAACUCCACCACCGCUCUCUCCACCACUGCCGCCCCUACCGCCGUCGUCCCCAGCCAGUCUGCUCCUGCUACCACCAUCACCAGCGUCACCCGCCCUGCCUCCAACGGCACCGCUAGCCGCACUGCUACCACCACCAUUGCCACUGUCACCGGUGCUGCCGCCGGUGCCCAGGCCACCGCCGGCGUCUUCGCUGUCCUUGGUGGUCUUGCCGUUGCCGCUCUUCUCUAA